AUGUCGUUGCAUGAAAAGGUCGACGAAACUGGGAAACUGGAACUAUAUACCGUGUCUGCAGAAGAUCCAAGCUCUUCCUUAAUUUCAGAACUGACUUCGAUUGUGCAGGUUGACAAGGUUGACAAGAAAGACGAAUUUUUGGUGGCUUUUGACGGUUCCGACGAUAGAGAAGACGCCGCGAGGCUUUCCCGAUUCCACAAAUGGAUUGUUGUGGCGAUAAUCUCAUUUGGUGGACUAUGCGUCACUUGCAUAUCUUCAUCGUGGUCCUUGGCCUCGGCGCACAUAAUGGAGCAUUUCCAAGUGAGCCAUGAAGCUAGUGUCUUGGGCAUAUCGUUUUUCAUUUUCGGUUUGGGAACAGGCGGGAUUUUCCUUUCACCGAUUAGUGAGUUCCACGGACGCAAAACUGUCUACAUAUUGGGACUUACGGUCAUGAUUGCGUUUGAGUUCCUCACGGCGUUUACAAACAACUUUGGCGCCAUGGUCUUUGGACGAUUCAUGAGUGGGUUCUUUGGCCUGAGUUUUAUGAGUGUUUGUUCCGGCUCAUUUUCCGACCUUUUCAAAGCCAACAAAAACACGGAGGGAGUGCUGGAUGCUAAUAAAGAGCUUGCCUUGGCAUUGGUUGUCUAUUCAGUCUCACCCUUUGUUGGGCCUGGCCUUGGCCCGUUGCUCAGUGGGUUUAUUAAUUCCAACUUGGGUUUCAGAUGGACUUUUUACGUGCUCAUCAUGUGGUCGUGUUUGCUUCUUGCUUUGGUCAUCUUGUUUGUUCCAGAGACUUAUGAACCGAUAAACUUAAAGAGGAAAGCCAAGAGGUUGAGAAAGGAAACUGGUGAUGAUCGGUACUAUGCCCCGGUUGAACGUAACGAGACGAGUUUUUACCAAAGUGUGCUUACCAGCUCCAAGCGGCCCAUAUUGUUGCUAUUGUUUGACAAUAUGAUGAUGGUGCUUUGCUUCUACACGGGAUUCACAAUGGCCAUCGUUUACAUGUUUUUCGUGGCGUUUCCCUACAUUUUUUCAACAGUGUACGACUUCAGCACGGCAGCGCAAGGGAUGUCCUUUCUCGGACUAAUUGCCGGUAUGUUGGUCACAUGUGCCAUAUCGCCGUAUUUUGUGGACAAGAUUUAUUUGCGCUUGAUGGAGAAAAACAAUGGCGUUUCAAGACCAGAGUUUCGAUUCAUACCUUUGAUAGGAGGCGUAUUCAUUGUACCCGUGGGGCUCUUUAUCAUUGCAUGGACUUCGUACUCACACGUACACUGGAUGGGACCAAUCAUGGGCUCAGCUGUUUAUGGUGCCGGCACCAUAUUGGUGUUUAACGGAAUCUUUUCCUACACCGUCGAAGCGUAUCGACUCUACGCCGCGUCAAGUAUGGCGUGCAACUCAUUUGUGCGCUCUGCAAUGGCUGCAGCCUUUCCGCUUUUUGGGAAACAGAUGUAUGAAGGCAUCGGCAUCCAUUGGGCCACUUCGUUGUUGGCGUUUGUUGCAGUUCUCUUGAUACCCGUACCUUUCCUAUUCUAUAAAUACGGCGACAAACUAAGAGCACGAAGCCCCUAUGCCUGGAGCGAAAGCUGA